AAAACAGUGCCCUGGCUGUUCCCGGGACGAAUCCGUUCCCUCCCCGAACCCCGAACUCCGAAGCGUAGUUGGCCGUCCGUUAGUGACUGGCCCAUGCACCCGAGCAGCGAAGUGGGCUGAACUUGUUCAGCCAUGAUCAAUACCAACAAGUCGGCGGCGAAGAUGGCUUCCUUCAGUAGUGGCAUCAUGCUCUCCAGGAGCGAGGCUCAACGGCAAAAGGGCGAUGAGCUACGCAUGCGUGCGGCUGGCAUCGAUCCGACCAAGAUCGACGAGCAAUGGCUCGGCGAGGUCAUGUCACGACGGCAGAAGAAGGAAGCCAAGGUCGAUGAGGACGUUGAGAAGGAGAAGAGACUUGCGGCGGAGUUGCCCAUGGAGAAGAGUGAGGUGGUGAGCAAGAAGCCGGAGGGGCGUCUUACCUGGCUCCACAAGGCCUUGGUUCUCGCUGCCAAGGGCCGCAUUCCCGUGCCGCAGAUCUACAACAUCAUCCAGUCCUCCAAGUUCACCUCGGGCGUGAGCAGCAAGGUUGGAUUGAAGAUGAAAGGUUUGGUUUCCGCCAAUCUCCAUCUUUUCAAGAAGGAGCAACAGAAAAGCUUGCAGAGUGGUAGGCUCAUGGACUUCUCGAAAGAUGGUAGUUCCGGGAGCGAAGAAGAGAAGAAGAAAAGCAAAAAGCGAAAGCAUAGCAACAGCUAUAGCGCGUCGAGCCAUAGCCGCCAUAGCCGCAGCCGCAGUCGCAGCAGCAGCCGGCGCAGUGAUAGCCGCAAGAAGAAGAAAAAGCGAAAAAAGGAGAAGGAGAAGGAGAAAGAGAAGGAAAAGGAGAAGGACAGAUCGAGAUCCCAUGACGAUCGAUCUCAUGAAAAGAAAGAGAAGGAAAGGGAGAAGGAGAAAGAACGAGAUAGAGAUAGUGAUGAUGCAGUGAAGAAGAAGAAAAAAGACAAAGCCAAGGACAAGAAGGAGGAGAAGGCUGCGAAAGAAGAGAAGGCGCACAAGGAAAAGAAGGAAGAGAAAAGUAAGAAAGACAAGUCCCACAAAGAGGACAAGGUGAAAGAGAAACCCGGGAAGGAAGAUAGAAAGGCCUCCAAGGCCGCCAAAGAGGCAGCAGCCAAAUUGGCGGCGGCCGAGGAGGAGCUAGCGAAAGCCCGGGAAGAGGAGGAGCCACAGGACGAGGAAGACGAGCCACAGGAAGUGCCAGAGGCUGCUGUGAGCUCCUACAACUUCCAGGACGCUUCGCAGUUGGAUGAGCGCUUCCCCCCUUCGGCCCAAGCGGCAGGCGCUAUGGGCAGCGUGAAGAUGAAACUGAGUGGCUGGAAACCGGCGUGUUUGCGGAUGUGAGUGAGGGAACCUUCUGGUUUCC